AUGGCAGAACCAUUCACCUGCACUCCUGCUGUCGUCGAUCCCUCGACCGGCUUCUCCGCUGAGACCCAGACCUUCCACACCCUGCCACCCGUCCCUCUCCCACCCUCCACCCUCCCCCUCUCCUUCCCCUCCUUCGCCCUCUCGCUCUCCCCUCCCCUCCCUCCUCUCCCCGCCCUCAUCGACGCCUCCACUGCCUCUUCCCUCUCCUCCGACUUCAUAUCUCAACUCCAUUCCCUCUCAUACUCCCUCAAAACCCAGCUCAACCUCUCAAAAGGCGACGUCGCCUUCACCCUCUCCCCCUCUCGCCUCGACAUCCCCAUCCUCUACUUCUCCCUCCUCUCCCUCGGCGUCGUCGUCUCCCCCGCCAACCUCUCCUCCCCCUCUGAAGUCUCGCGCCUCAUCGAUCUCGUGAAGCCCUCCAUCAUCUUCGCCACCUCCGCCACCUGCAAGCUCCCUCCUAAUUCCAAUAUCAAAUCUAUCUUUCUCGAUUCCAUCGACUUUCAGUCCAUGCUGACCAACAAAUUAUUUUAACCAAUCACCA